AUGGCAGAAGAAAAAUUAAUAGAGGCAGUGAGGGAACACAGAGAGCUGUAUGACACAAAACACGCAGACUACAUGAAGGUCAAACUCAAGAACCGGAUUUGGAGUGAUAUAGCAAAGGAUCUGAAUUUGAAAGACGGGGAAGAGACAAAAAAUUCGUGGCUGAAGCUGAGAGGCAGCUAUCGAGAUGCACGACGACGACAGGUGAAAUAUAUGAAAAGCGGAGCUGCUGCUGAGAAUAUCAAGCCGUGGAGGUAUCAAAACCAGAUGUCAUUUCUUGAACCUUUUAUGACAGCUGGUCCACGUGAUAGUAAUCUAGGUGAUGACAGUGAUCACAGCUCACAAGCUACAACUAAAACAUCAGCAAGAAGUGAUACACUGGAAACCGAGGAAUUAGAAGAUAACAACUCACUCGACAAUGAGGCGAAUGAGCAAAGUCAAGACAUUAAUAACUACGACAGCAACGAAGUAUCUAGUAGGAGCAUAGGAACGGAGUGCAUAGCACAUCACACCGCUACUUCAACUCCAGUUAUUUAA